AUGUUUCACUUAAGGACUUAUGCUGCUAAGUUGAGGCCGUUGACGGCCUCCCAGACUGUGAGGACGUUUUCACAAAACAGAUCGGCCGCAGCUAGGACGUUCGGGCAGGUUCGGGGCUAUACCGCCCCCGUUGCUGCUGAGCCCUUCCUCAGCGGGACUAGCUCCAACUAUGUGGAGGAAAUGUACUAUGCGUGGCUGGAAAACCCCAAAAGCGUACACAAGUCAUGGGACAUUUUUUUCCGAAACACCAAUGCCGGAGCGCCCCCAGGCACCGCCUACCAGAGCCCGCUCCCCCUGAGCCCAGGCUCACUGUCCGCCGUGGCCAGAGUGCAGCCCCUGGUGGAAGCCCAGCCCAACGUGGACAAGCUGGUGGAGGACCACCUGGCAGUGCAGUCGCUCAUCAGAGCCUACCAGAUACGAGGGCACCAUGUAGCGCAGCUGGACCCCCUGGGAAUUUUGGAUGCCGACCUGGACUCCUCCGUGCCCGCUGACAUUAUCUCAUCCACAGACAAACUUGACCUUGCAGUUUUCAAGGAACGACUCCGAAUGCUAACCGUAGGAGCUGUGACUCUCAUCCUGAUUGCACUUAUGGCGUACUGUCAGCACAUCGGGGUGGAGUUCAUGUUCAUCAAUGACCUGGAGCAGUGCCAGUGGAUCCGGCAGAAGUUUGAGACACCGGGGAUCAUGCAGUUCACCAACGAGGAGAAGCGGACCUUGCUGGCCAGGCUCGUGCGGUCUACCAGGUUUGAGGAUUUCCUGCAGCGAAAGUGGUCGUCCGAGAAGCGCUUUGGUCUGGAGGGGUGCGAGGUACUGAUUCCUGCACUCAAGACCAUCAUCGACAAGUCCAGUGAGAAUGGAGUGGACUACGUGAUCAUGGGGAUGCCUCACAGGGGACGGCUGAACGUGCUUGCCAAUGUCAUCAGGAAGGAGCUGGAGCAGAUCUUCUGCCAGUUCGAUUCAAAGCUGGAGGCUGCCGAUGAGGGUUCCGGGGACGUGAAGUACCAUCUGGGCAUGUACCACCGGCGCAUCAACCGCGUGACCGACAGGAACAUCACCCUGUCACUGGUGGCCAACCCCUCCCACCUCGAGGCCGCAGACCCCGUGGUGAUGGGCAAGACCAAGGCCGAGCAGUUUUACUGCGGGGACACAGAGGGCAAGAAGAUCGGCUUCACCACAGACCCGCGCAUGGCCCGCUCCUCACCCUACCCCACUGACGUGGCCCGCGUCGUGAAUGCCCCCAUUUUCCACGUGAACGCGGACGACCCAGAGGCCGUCAUGUACGUGUGCAAGGUGGCAGCCGAGUGGAGGAGCACAUUCCACAAGGACGUGGUGGUGGACCUGGUGUGCUACCGGCGCAAUGGCCACAACGAGAUGGAUGAGCCCAUGUUCACGCAGCCGCUCAUGUACAAGCAGAUCCGCAAGCAGAAGCCAGUGCUGCAGAAGUAUGCGGAGUUGCUGGUGUCCCAGGGCGUGGUCAACCAGCCUGAGUACGAGGAGGAGAUCUCCAAGUACGACAAGAUCUGCGAGGAGGCCUUCACCAGGUCCAAGGACGAGAAGAUCCUGCACAUCAAGCACUGGCUGGACUCCCCCUGGCCUGGCUUCUUCACCCUGGACGGGCAGCCGAGGAGCAUGACCUGCCCGCCCACGGGCCUGACAGAGGACAUUCUGACGCACAUCGGGAACGUGGCCAGUUCCGUGCCCGUGGAGAACUUCACCAUUCAUGGAGGGCUGAGCCGCAUCCUGAAGACACGCGGGGAGCUGGUGAAGAACAGGACCGUGGACUGGGCCCUGGCGGAGUACAUGGCUUUCGGCUCCCUCCUGAAGGAGGGUAUCCACAUCCGACUGAGCGGCCAGGAUGUGGAGCGAGGCACCUUUAGCCACCGCCACCAUGUGCUCCAUGACCAGAACGUGGACAAGAAGACCUGCAUCCCCAUGAACCACCUCUGGCCCAACCAGGCUCCCUACACCGUGUGCAACAGCUCGCUGUCUGAGUACGGGGUCCUGGGCUUCGAGCUGGGUUUUGCCAUGGCCAGUCCCAACGCCCUGGUCCUCUGGGAGGCACAGUUUGGUGACUUCCACAACACGGCCCAGUGCAUCAUCGACCAGUUCAUCUGCCCAGGACAGGCCAAGUGGGUGCGGCAGAACGGCAUCGUGCUGCUGCUGCCCCACGGCAUGGAGGGCAUGGGUCCAGAACAUUCCUCUGCCCGGCCAGAGCGGUUCCUGCAGAUGUGCAAUGACGACCCGGACGUCCUACCAAACCUGGAGGAGGCCAACUUCGACAUAAACCAGCUGUACGACUGCAACUGGAUCGUCGUCAACUGCUCCACGCCCGGCAACUUCUUCCAUGUGCUGCGGCGGCAGAUCCUCCUGCCCUUCCGGAAGCCGCUCAUCAUUUUCACCCCCAAGUCCCUGCUGCGGCAUCCCGAGGCCAGAACCAGCUUCGACGAGAUGCUCUCAGGAACCCACUUCCAGCGGGUGAUCCCAGAAGACGGCCUGGCGGCUCAGAACCCAGCAAACGUCCGGAGACUUCUCUUCUGCACCGGCAAGGUGUACUAUGACCUCACCCGCGAGCGGAAGGCCCGGGGCAUGGCCGAGCAGGUGGCCAUCACCAGGAUUGAACAGUUGUCCCCGUUCCCCUUCGACCUGCUGCUGCAGGAGGUGCGCAAGUACCCCAACGCUGAGCUGGCCUGGUGCCAGGAGGAGCACAAGAACCAGGGCUACUACGACUACGUGAAGCCGCGGCUGCGCACCACCAUCAGCCGUGCCAAGCCAGUGUGGUACGCUGGCCGGGAUCCAGCCGCGGCUCCGGCCACUGGCAACAAGAAGACCCACCUGACAGAGCUGCAGCGCCUCCUGGAAGUGAUGUCCACAAACUCUGGGGACGAGGACAUGGACAUGUCUUUGGGGACCACUAAUCUGCCCACUGCAAGCAGCAACCUCCAGGGAAGAGAGGACUGGCACCCCUUGCAAGAAGAAAACAGGACGGUGCCCCGGGAGCAGUCCCUGAGCGCCGACCUGCCGCGUCGCAGUGACCCUGCCGUGCCGGCGCCAGGACCGGUCACCCAGCGCGGCCUGCAGCUCCUCGCCAGCGGCCAAGGACACCCUUGA